ACUCCAGGAAGUGUCUGGCUCCGACGCGACAGUUGUCACAUAUAGCAUAGCUUGCCAAUACCGGGAAAAGACAGGAGAAACAACUUACAUAAGGAACUCGCUGCCAAUCAGAUUUAUUUUUACUACAAAACUAUAUUUGAUUCAACUAAACUUCCGCAUCACUGGGAGGCUCACUGGGACGUGGUGCGUAAAAGGACUCUUCACGCACCAGACAAUUGGAAUAAUAUGACCAUUGGCCAUGUCCAUUUAGCUGAACCAACAUUUAUUUUUUUAGAUAUAUGAUAAUAUAGACUAUUUUAUUUGUAGACAAAGUCUGAGAAGAACGAAAAAGGGGAAAGAUGUUCCCUUUGCCUAUGUUCACCCCGGAACAAGUGGCUCGGGUGUGCGAGAACCUCGAGGAGACCGGCGACAUCGAGCGCCUGGGGCGGUUCUUAUGGUCCCUGCCUGAUGCUGUCCCUGGCUCCGCCGGGGAGGCUCUCAACCGCCACGAGUCAGUGAUGCGCGCCCGGGCGCUGGUCGCCUUCCACGGAGGAAACUUCGAGGCGCUUUACCAGAUCCUCCAGAGCCACCGCUUUACACGCGAGUCUCACGCCAAACUCCAAGAUCUGUGGCUGGACGCGCAUUACCGCGAGGCAGAGCGGCUCCGGGGCCGUCCCCUGGGACCGGUGGAGAAGUACCGUAUCCGAAAGAAGUUCCCACUGCCUCGCACCAUCUGGGACGGCGAGCAGAAGACGCACUGCUUUAAGGUGAGACACCAAGCUGAGAGAACUCGUAGCCUGCUCAGGGAGUGGUACCUCCAGGACCCCUACCCAAACCCGUCCAGGAAACGGCACCUGGCCCAGGCCACGGGACUCACGCCUACACAGGUCGGCAACUGGUUCAAGAACCGACGCCAGAGAGACAGGGCCGCGUCGGCAAAGAACAGACUGCAACAGGACCCCACCCACCUGCCUUCCGGAUGCUCCCCUGAGGGUUCUGUCCAGGAGCGCCACUCCCACCACCCCCGCCUGCUGACUGCCUCCCCCUGUCACCCGGGCAGCCCCGAGGCCAGCGACUGCAGCACUGGCACCGACCCUCGGGGCACUGGAGCCUCCACCCCCGACAUCUCCGUCAGCAGCGACAGCGAGUUUGAAUCCUGAGGUCGGGUCAUUGAGUGCAGCUGGAGAGAGGCUCUAAUUGGUUGAGUCCUCAAGGGAGAUGCUAUUAUUGGUUUUCAGCCAGGAAGCCCCGGCCCCACAGAUAUAGAGACAAUAUAGACACUGUAGAAGUACUAUCUGUCUGUGAGUUGGGAUUGAACACAUUGACAAAAGACUUGAUAUGGACACUUGAUGUGGUUGCUAAUGGAAGAAUGGGGAAGGGGGGGGUUGGGGAUUGGACCAUUCACAAACACAUGCACUUAAAAUGCACCAUCGCACACGACUGUGAGGUACACGGUUAUUUACAGUGCCUUGCAAAAGUAUUCACUCCCCUUGGCGUUUUUGCUAUUUUGUUGCAUUACAACCUGUAAUUUAAAUGUUUUUUUAAAUUUGGAUUUCUUGUAAUAGACAUAC